AUGGCGGGAGGUUUCUAUAGCUCUGUUAUCGGCUUGUUUGAUUCGUUCUGCUUCUCUUUCUUUGAUUUGAUUUACUCCUCGUUACUUGAAAAGGUAAUUGACAGAUCUACUGCAGAUGGUGGCGACGGAUCUUACCGGCUUCAAUCGUUGAUGGUUCUUCAUGUGACAGUGAUGGAGUUCUUGCUGCAAACUAUGGUUACUUCAAAAAGCAGCAUCAAAUUCUAUGGAACGGUUCCCCAAGGACUUGAGAAGAAUACCUCGAGUGUGUACAUAACAACUUCAAGCCUUCCUAGUGCAUACGAGGCUUACUUGAAUCAAUUUCAAAGAGACUUUGGAACAUUUCUAAGAAUGCGUUCUGAAGAGAUGGAUAUUGUGAGUGCAUCAAAGGUUGAGUCAUUCAACAUGCCGUUUUAUGAUCCAAGCAAAGAAGAAGUGAAGGAGGUGAUUCAAAACGAAGGCUCCUUUGAGAUCAAUGACUUGGAAAUUCAUGGAUUUGAUCUCGGCCAGAGUAGUAGUAACCACGAGGAAUGUAAAGCAGGGGAAAAGGAAGCCAAAUGUAUCAGAGCGGUGAGUGAAUCGAUGCUUGCAGCGCACUUCGGGGAUGAUAUUAUUGACGCAUUGUUUAACAAGUUAUGCAUACCAUGCGUCCUAACAUGCUGGCUGCACUAG